AAAUGCCUAAGGAGAGAGAGAGAGUAAGGAGCCAGCUAUGAAUACCUUCCAGAAAAAAAAUUCCAAGGAAACUCUUUUCUCACCUGUCUCCAUGGAAGAGGUACCUCCUCGACCUCCAAGCCCUCCACAGAAGUCACCUCCGAAAAUCUGUGGCACCAACUAUCCACUGAGCAUUGCCUUCAUUGUGGUGAACGAGUUCUGUGAACGCUUUUCCUAUUAUGGCAUGAAAGCUGUGCUGACCCUGUAUUUCCUGUACUUUCUACACUGGAAUGAAGAUACUUCCACAUCUGUAUAUCAUGCCUUCAGCAGCCUCUGCUACUUCACUCCCAUCCUGGGUGCAGCCAUUGCGGACUCGUGGCUGGGAAAAUUCAAGACGAUCAUCUAUCUUUCCUUGGUAUAUGUACUUGGCCAUGUGAUCAAGUCCUUGGGUGCCAUACCAAUACUGGGGGAACAAACGCUACACAGAGUUCUAGCAGUGAUUGGGCUGAGUCUAAUAGCUUUGGGGACAGGAGGUAUCAAACCCUGUGUGGCAGCUUUUGGUGGAGACCAGUUUGAAGAAAAACAUGCAGAGGAACGCACUAGAUACUUCUCAGUCUUCUACCUGUCCAUCAAUGCAGGGAGCUUGAUUUCUACAUUUAUCACACCCAUGCUAAGAGGAGAUAUUCAAUGUUUUGGGGAAGACUGCUAUGCAUUGGCUUUUGGGGUCCCAGGAUUGCUUAUGGUGAUAGCUCUUGUUGUGUUUACAAUGGGGAGCAAGAUGUACAAAAAACCACCUCCAGAAGGAAAUAUAGUGUCUCAAGUUGUGAAAUGCAUUUGGUUUGCUGUUUCCAACCGUUUUAAGAAUCGUUCUGGGAACAUUCCAAAGAGACAACACUGGCUGGACUGGGCAGCUGAGAAAUAUUCGAAGCAGCUCAUUAUGGACGUGAAGGCAUUGACCAGAGUACUGUUCCUUUACAUCCCAUUGCCCAUGUUCUGGGCUCUUUUGGAUCAGCAGGGCUCAAGGUGGACUCUGCAAGCCACCAAGAUGGAUGGGAAUUUGGGUUUUUUUACACUCCAGCCUGACCAGAUGCAAGUACUAAAUCCUCUUCUGGUUCUUGUCUUCAUCCCGAUGUUUGAUCUGGGUAUUUAUCGGCUGGUCUCCAAAUGUGGAAUUAAGUUCUCAUCUAUUAGGAAGAUGGCCAUUGGUAUGAUCCUAGCAUGCCUGGCCUUUGCAGUUGCUGCAGUUGUAGAGAUAAAAAUAGAUGGGAUGGUUCCACCUGAGGCGGGUCCCCAGGAAGUUUUCCUCCAGGUGCUGAAUCUGGCAGAUGGUGACGUCAAGAUGACAAUGGUGGGAAACAACAACUCUUCUCUGUUGGACCAGUCUCUCAGGUCCUUUCAGAAAACACCUCACUAUUCCAAACUGCACUUGAAUACUAAAAUCCAGGAUUUACACUUCCACCUGAAGUAUCACAAUCUCUCUAUCUACGCUGAGCAUUCUGUAGAGGGGAAGAAUUGGUACACAUUGAUCCUUCAUGGGAAUGGAAAAAAUAUCUCCAGCAUGAUGGUGAAGGAUGCAGAAAACAAAACCACCAGUGGAAUGACAGCUGUGAGGUUUGUAAACACUUUGCAUAAAGAUGUCCAUAUUUUCCUGGGUGAAGAUACAACCCUAGAUGUUCCUGAAGCCUAUGGUGUGUCGGCUUACAGAACUGUGGAAAAAGGAGAAUACCCUGCAGUGCAUUGCAGAAUGGAAAACAAGGACUUUUAUCUGAACUUGGGACGAUUAAACAUUGGAGCAACCUAUCUGUUUGUUAUUACUAAUGACACUGAGCAGGGUUUUAAAGCCUGGAAAAUGGAAGAAGUGACAGUCAGCAAAAUGUCCAUUGCAUGGCAGCUACCACAGUAUGCCCUGGUUACAGCAGGGGAAGUCAUGUUCUCUGUCACAGGACUUGAGUUUUCUUAUGCUCAGGCUCCCUCUAGCAUGAAAUCUGUCCUCCAGGCAGCCUGGCUGUUGACGGUUGCUUUUGGGAAUAUCAUCGUGCUGAUUGUGGCACAGUUCAGUGGCCUGGUACAGUGGGCUGAAUUUAUUUUGUUUUCCUGCCUCCUGCUGGUGGUCUGCCUGAUCUUCUCCAUCAUGGGAUACUACUAUGUUCCUGUAAAGCCAGAGGAUAUUCAGGGACUGGAAGCUAAGCAGAUUCCUCACAUUCAAGGAAACAUGAUCAACUUGGAGACCAAGAAAACAAAGCUCUGA